CAAUCCAUGGAGCACGCGACAUUAAAUACUAGUCAAAUAUGGACCGAAAGAUGAUACGGAACAUUUUUGUGCAGUUGUUAUAACGAGGUAGCUAGCUAGCAAGCCAGGACAUUGGGUAAAUACAACAGCGUUGCAAGUGAAACGCCUACAUAGCAGCUUGACAGCUACGUUUGGUCUGUCUGUGUGCGUGGAGUGCCUAUGGCGGAGUUUGGAGAGAACGGCGGCUCAUCUCCAUCGAAUACUGGGGAUUCGGUGGCUUUGCCCAGUGACAAAAAAGACGGGAAGACGCAGUGCGAAGUAUCGGUCUUCAAUGGGGACUGUGGGAUACCGGCAGACAUUGUUGGAUCAGAAACGUUACCUGACAGCCCAGGGCUUGAAACGGCCAACAACUCCUCUGUCGGGUUGGAUUCCAAACCCGGAAUACCACGCAGGAGCAGCAUUAUAAAGGAUGGCUCGAGGCAGCGCAAAGAGAGGAAGAAGACGGUUUCGUUCAGCAGCAUGCCCACUGAGAAGAAGAUCAGCAGUGCGAACGACUGCAUCAACGCCAUGGUGGACGGCUCUGAACUGAAGAAGGUCCGCUCCAACUCCCGCGUUUACCACCGCUACUUCCUCCUGGACGCCGACAUGCAGUCUCUAAGGUGGGAACCCUCCAAAAAAGAGUCAGAGAAAGCCAAAAUUGAUGUCAAGUCCAUCAAAGAGGUGCGGACAGGGAGAAACACCGAAACUUUUAGGACCAACGGAAUAUAUGAUCAGAUAUCAGAGGACUGUGCCUUCUCAAUCAUCUAUGGGGAGAACUAUGAGUCUUUGGACUUGGUUGCAAACUCUGCCGAUAUGGCCAACAUAUGGGUGACCGGGCUUAGAUACCUGAUAUCCUAUGGGAAACACACCUUGAAUAUGACUGAAAGCAACCAGAACAACAUGCGCUCCUCCUGGCUCGGUGACCUCUUUGAGGAGACUGAUGCCAACAACAGCAAGCACAUCAGUUUAUGUGCUGCUGUUCAGCUAAUUAAAAACCUAAACCCUGGUCUCAAAAAUAUUAAGAUUGAACUCAAGUUCAAGGAGUUUCACAAAUCUAAAGAUAAGGUGGGAUGUGGUGUGACUAAGGAGGAGUUCACUGAAGUCUUUCAUGACCUUUGCACAAGACCAGAAAUGUAUUUCCUUCUUGUCCAGUUCUCUAGCAACAAGGAAUUUCUAGAUACCAAGGACUUAACUAUGUUUCUGGAGGCGGAGCAGGGUAUGGCACAAGUAAGUGAAGACACCAGUCUGGAGGUCAUUCAGAGCUAUGAACCUUCGAAAGAGGGGCAGCACAAGGGCUGGCUCUCCCUUGAUGGGUUUACCAAUUAUCUCAUGUCGCCAGAGUGCCACAUCUUUGACCCUGAACAAAAAACAGUGUGUCAGGACAUGAACCAGCCCUUGUCCCACUAUUACAUCAACGCUUCCCACAACACAUACCUGAUCGAGGAUCAGUUCAGAGGCCCCUCUGACGUUACAGGCUACAUCCGUGCCCUCAAGAUGGGCUGUCGUAGCGUAGAACUAGAUGUCUGGGAUGGACCAGAUAAUGAGCCUGUCAUUUACACUGGCCACACAAUGACCUCGCAGAUAGUCUUCCGCAGUGUCUGUGACGUCAUCAACAAAUAUGCCUUUGUUGCAUCUGACUUUCCCGUGAUAUUGUGUCUGGAAAACCACUGCUCCUUAAAGCAGCAGAGGGUCAUGUUUCAGCACUUGAAAAAGAUUCUUGGUGAUAAGAUUCACAUGGAUCCACCGUCAUCUGAGGACAGCUACCUGCCCUCACCCUUUGACCUCAAGUGUAAAAUCCUGCUGAAGGGGAAGAAGCUGGGCACGAUCUGCAUUAGCUCGGAGGGCGAAGUGACUGAUGAGGAUGAGGGGGCUGAGAUGUCCCAAAGAAUGAACAUUGAAGCCAACGAACAACAGAGCAUCCCACUGAAAAAGUUCCAGCUGUCCAAGGACCUCUCUGACCUGGUAACGUUGUGUAAAUCGAUUGCGUUCAAAGACUUCCCAACAGCUUUCCAAAGCCAGAGGCACUGGGAACUUUGCUCGUUCAAUGAGGUUUUUGCCAGUCGCUGUGCCAGUGAAUUCCCAGGCGACUUUGUUAACUACAACAAGAAAUUAUUGGCGAGAGUCUACCCCAGCCCAAUGCGGAUUGACUCCAGUAACAUGAACCCUCAGGACUUCUGGAAGUGUGGUUGCCAGAUCGUAGCAAUGAACUACCAGACCCCCGGCCUGAUGAUGGACCUAAACAUUGGCUGGUUCCGUCAGAAUGGGAACUGUGGUUAUGUGUUGCGACCAGCCAUAAUGAGGGAGCAGGUGUCAUAUUUCAGUGCCAACACUAAAGACUCAGUGCCUGGUGUGUCUCCUCAGCUCUUGCACAUAAAGAUCAUAAGUGGACAAAACUUCCCCAAACCCAAAGGCUCAGGCGCCAAAGGAGAUGUUGUUGACCCUUACGUCUAUGUGGAGAUCCAUGGCAUCCCUGCUGAUUGUGCAGAGCAAAGGACUAAAACUGUCAAUCAGAAUGGGGAGAACCCACUGUUUGACGAAAGCUUUGAGUUUCAGAUAAACCUACCAGAGCUGGCCAUGGUGCGCUUCGUGGUGCUUGAUGAUGACUACAUUGGCGAUGAGUUCAUCGGCCAGUACACAAUCCCCUUCGAGUGUCUCCAGCCGGGAUUCCGGCACACACCGUUACAAUCGCUAACGGGGGAAGUCCUUCCCCACGCCUGGCUGUUUGUCCAUGUGGCCAUCACCAACCGAAGGGGCGGGGGCAAGCCUCACAAGAGGGGAUUGUCUGUACGUAAGGGCAAGAGAAGUCGGGAGUACGCCACCAUGAGGGUGCUGGUCAUCAAGGCUGUGGACGACAUCUUCAAGACAGCCAUACUGCCACUGAGGGAAGCCACCGACCUCAGAGAAAACAUGCAGAAUGCCAUAGUGCCCUUCAAGGAACUAUGUGGCCUCUCGGCGGUGGCCAACCUGAAGCAGUGCAUCCUGGCCCUGUCCUCCCGGCUGACAGGGGCUGACAACAACCCCCUCCUGGUGUUCAACCUCAAGGACCAGUACCCCACCAUGGAGCCCCAGGGCCAGCUACCAGAUGUCCUGAAGAAGGUGGUCACCACCUAUGACAUGAUGAUCCAGACCAGCAAGACUCUGCUGGAGAACUCCGAGGGAGUCUACGACCGAAUACUGCUAACCCAGAAAGCAGCGAUGGAGUUCCAUGAGAACCUCCAUGACAUGGCGGUAAAGGAGGGCCUGAAGGGCAGGAAGCUGGCCAAGGCUGUGGAGAGCUUCACCUGGAACAUAACCAUCCUCAAGGGCCAGGCGGACCUGCUGAAGCACGCAAAGAGUGAGGUCCAGGAGAACCUGAAGCAGAUCCACUAUGCCGCACUCACCUGUAACCUCAGUAAGGACGGACCAUCAGGGAGCACGGCAGGCUCCGAGUCCAGGACCCGACCACGCAGCCUGGAUGCCAUCCCUGAGAAAGCCACGGGGGAGGACGAGCUCUCUGAGGAGGACAACUGAAGGCUUACGCCCUAAACCCUUCAUACCACCAAGCCCCUUGCCCUACCCUAGUGGCAUACAUUAACCUCCUUACCGCAGUCCCACACAAACCUGACUACAGUAUACCUGUUCUAGUGCCGUUGCCACACAAAACUAUUCUUAUUCCAGUGCCGUAUACAACAUUUACAUUUUAGUCAUUUAGCAGAUGCUCUUAUCCAGAGCGACUUACAGUAGAGUGCAUACAUUUCAUUACAUUUUUACAUACUGAGACAAGGAUAUCCCUAACCCGGACGACGCUAUGCCAAUUGUGCGUCGCCCCACGGACCUCCCGGUUGCGGCCGGCUGCGACAGAGCCUGGGCGCGAACCCAGCCCAGCCUGCGCGCGAACCCAGAGACUCUGGUGGCGCAGCUAGCACUGCGAUGCAGUGCCCUAGACCACUGCGCCACCCGGGAGGUCUCCUGGACCCAACCAUUCCAUUCCCACCCCAAUCUCACUCAAACCUCCCUUUGAUUAACCAGGUACCACACAAAAAGCCCUUAACCCCUCCUGCCCACCUCCAACGUCCAACAGCAAGAUGUUGCAGGUCAACUAGGAGGGUCAAGUGAACUUGCAGCCACGGGACAGUCUUAAAGCAGUGACCUACUGUAGAGAGAGUGCACUUAUUUACAGGCAGACCCCAGGGUCUGACCCUAGGAGAGCCGCUCUGAACGGUCCGAGGAUUUCUUAAGCACAAUUUACGGGUUUCUGACCAACCAGAAAUUAGAGCUGUGAAUGUAAUAGGAAAUAGGAACAAUGGAGAGAAGAAAAGGGAGGUGAGAGCUGUUUACAAUAAUGAACUUGCCAAAAUAGUAUAUGUAUAUAUGGAGUUCUGUUACUUUUUUUGCAACGUGCUUCAUUUUAUUAUUGUAUUCUUGAGAAAUAAGAUUUAUUUUGUAAAGGAAUUGGCUCGUCCAUGAAACAUAACUAUUUUAUUUGUCUGUACAGAUGUGAAAUUGUGGUGUCCUUUACACUUUCCUACUGGAGAGUUCCUUUGUCGAGACGAGGGACGGAUAGAGACUUUAAACCUCAGUAUGUGGUCCAAAGGGUGGCAGUCGAGUCUUAAACACAGCCAGCAACUGCUUUGGGAAGGAACCAUGGAGAGAGUAACUCGUUAGGCCUACGUUUUGGGAUCAUUUCACCAUUCCACGUGAGAGGAUUGAGUAAGGUGUACAAAGUAAUAAUAGCUUCUCAACCCGUCCUGGUAACAAGCUAGCCCCCUAUUCAUGAAUACGGUUUCAUAUAUGACUGUGCCUCAUUGCUACAAAUCAGUCAACAAAGGCGAUGGAUGGUGAGGAAAGAGAUACUCUUCCUCGCGUCCAUCCGUCUUUACCUGCUUUUCCCCACUAGUUGCUUCUAGUUUGUAUUUUGUUUUUUCUCUCCACAGUGCGGAAACAGCGUUGCUCCUGGUCAACUUUAGCCACCCCCCACCACCUCUGGAUCUCACCACCAGUGUUUUAACUGGGCCCACACUGGUACAAAAAGUCAUUCACAAACUUCAGUGCUGUGACAGUUAUUGUAUUUAUAACUGUUAACCAUUUUUACCGACGGAGAGAUAUAUAUAUAUUUUUUUUAAACCGGUUUUGCUUUUCUGUUCAUUCCUGAAACCUUCUGAAUAAACCACGUCAAAUCGUU